AUGUACGACCCCGAGCGCGGCUGGAGCCUGUCCUUCGCCGGCUGCGGCUUCCUGGGCAUCUACCACAUCGGGGUGACCAGCUGCCUGAGCGAGCGCGCCCCGCACCUCCUGCGCGACGCGCGCACGUUCUUCGGGGCCUCGGCCGGGGCGCUGCACUGCGCCUUCCUCCUCUCUGGGAUCCCCAUGGAGCAGACAUUGCAGGCCCUCGUGGACCUUGUCCGGAGCGCCAGGAGCCGGAACAUUGGCGUCCUCCACCCGACCUUCAGUUUGAACAGGGAGGUCCGAGAUGGUCUCCAGAAACACCUCCCAGACAACGUCCACCAGCUCGUCUCGGGCAAAAUUGUCAUCUCGCUCACCAGAGUGGCCGAUGGAGAAAAUGUGCUGGUGUCUGAUUUUCGGUCCAAAGACGAAGUCGUGGACGCCUUGUCUUGUUCCUCCUUCGUGCCUUUCUUCAGUGGCUUGAUCCCCCCCUCCUUCAGAGGCGUGCGAUACGUAGAUGGAGCAGUGAGUAACAUCAUACCCUUCUUUGAUACCAAAACGACCAUCACUGUUUCCCCCUUCUAUGGGGAGAGUGACAUCUGCCCCAAAGUCAAGUCCACGAACUUUCUUCACGUGAACGUCACCAAGCUCAGUGUACGCCUCUGCUCCGAGAACCUCUACCUAUUAACCCGGGUGCUAUUCCCUUCGGAUCUCAAGGUGCUUGGAGAGCUGUGCUGUCAAGGAUAUUUAGACACGGUCAGGUUCUUGGAAGAGAAUGGCAUCUGUGACAGGCCCCCUCUGUGCCUGAGUGCAUCCCCAGCAGAGUCGGAAGUCCUUGAGGCCCCCCGGGAGCACGGGAGCCUGCAGUCUUCCCCGAGCAUGGCCGCCGGGGAGGCGAAGCCUGAGGAAGCCACGCUGCUGGAUCACCCACACCUCAGCAUCCUGCCCUGGGAAGACAGCACCCUGGAGACCCUGUCGCCCAGGCUCACCAUAGCCCUGAGGGAAGCAAUUGGAAACCAAGAUGGGUACAUAAACAAGAUGUGCAACUUCUUACCAAUUAAGGUCAUGUCCUACCUGGUGCUGCCCUGCACGCUGCCCGUGGAGUCUGCGAUUGCUGUGGUCCAGAGACUGGUGAUGUGGCUUCCGGACAUGCCCAGGGACAUCCAGUGGCUGUGGUGGACAACCUCCCAGAUUUGUUCUCGAGUGAUGACGCGUUUGCUCCCUGUGGAGCCCUGCAUCAAGGACACAGGACAAAAACUCCUGAAUUAACCAAGCCCGCAUAGCAACGGUUGCCAUGGGCGCUCCUAAUCUAACCGCACAGCCCCACCACUCCACAGUAGGUAAAGUAUUCGCCACGUAGCAGCCUCGAAGCACCCUGACCAACCGCCUGAUGCCAUCCUGCCAGCAGGAAUUCUCUUUGUCUUCAGGCUAUAAAAGUUGGCCCCUAGCCCACAGAGGGGGCGGCUCUCCGUGGUCUGUCAGGAAGUGGCCCGCUGUAUCUGCAGCGCCCCUCACUAACUCUGCACUUUGUUCUCAGUAAACUCACUCUUUCCUAAGAUACUUCGUGUCUGGAAAUUCUUCUUCCAGCCCACGUGCGGACCACGACAUUUUGGUGGCCUGUACGGGGAUAUCUCCUGGCGGGAUCUCCGCCCCCACCUCCUCUCCUCAUUCCUUGGGACUCUCUGUGAACAGGCAAGCUGCCGUGGAAGCAACGGAGGACUCUGGCCAGGGCCACACCCUGGCGUGUUCCGAAGGCUCCACGGCUCGCUUCGCCCCAGUAACUGCCGCCCAGACGGCUGAGGAUCCCUCUGUCUUUCUCCCGACUGAGGACUAGGCCGAUUGGCAUCGUGCAGGCACGGGUCAGGCAUUUAAAAGCCGUUAGGGCGCCUGCCGCUUGAAGACACCCGUGAAAGGAUAAGGGGGUCACGGAACAGACCAGGCUGUUAGAGCGUCUGCCCCCAGCAAGACAACUUCCGUGCAAUGCGAGGCACACACUGGUUCAAGCAGAACACUGAGCCCCCGCCCCCUGGCCGCCGCCUUCCCGGCAGGACUACAAGGCCGAUUCCUCAGCCUGUCUUCUCUGUUACUUUCACCUUUUUCUCAGUCCGGAUUGACUUACAGGAGCCUAGGCAUUGCCUCGGAGCCAUCCCCGGAGUGCCUUUCACGUUUCAGGGAAUCUCCAAACGGUGAGUCACCUGGUGGAUCCCGGGAAUCUCCUCUCCUUCCUUUCUUUCCCUGCCUGAGUCGCAUGGUGCCUCAGUCGCACGCUCAGGGGUCACCUCUCACGGUCGGACGCGAUUGUUGGGACGGUCGGCCCAUUUUGUGCCUUAGUCGCACGGAGAGAUCACUGGGACAAAGGGGACGCCUCUCUGUCAGCCGGUGACUCUCAGUACCCCCGUUCUACGGCGUACAGGCUAAGAAUGGGUUCUGUGAUGUCUCGGGAGCCUCCCUCGGACUCACCCCUCGGCUGUAUCCUCAGGAACUGGGAAAAUUUGACCCUGAAAAUCUCAAAAAGAAGAGGCUCAUUUUCUUUCAUAACACGGCUUGGACCCAGUAUAAACUGGGGGACCGCGAACAAUGGCUUCUUAAUGGGACACUAAAUUAUAACACGAUCCUCCAACUUAAUCUCUUUUGCCGGAAACAAGGAAAGGACUCAGAGGUUCCUUACGUCCAGACCUUUAUGGCCCUUAGUCAGAAUCCGGAGCUGAGGGACUCAUGCCGCACGUGUCUUUCUGUUGCCACCUCAUCCCCCCGACCCCCUCUGCCUCCCUCUCCAGCAGAUCUCCUAGGCGGCCCUCCACUCGACCUUUCCUGUCCCCCACUUCAUGAACCCUCAUUGCUUCAGCCCCUGCACCCACCUCAGCACAGCUCCCCAGUAGGUACCCCCUUAUCAGGGCGAAAGCCCCCCUCCCCUCCCCACACAAGAUCCAGGACUGCCCAACGCCAGGAAACAGAUUCUAAUAUGCUUCCCUUAAGGGAAGUGGCAAAUGGAGACAUGGGCACUAUCAGAGUCCAUGUUCCCUUUCCCGUGUCUGACAUUUCCCAAAUUCAAAAACAAGUUAGGUUCCUUCAGUCAGGGUGGCCACAGUAUUCUUUAGACUCCGGAGAAAAUUGGUUAAGAUAAAAAUUUGUUGAAAUUGCAAAACCAGUUCUUUAUGCAUAUGCAAUUAGGGAAAGCUAGCUUGUUGAAAUAUCUUUUUCAGAAUUCUGACCCUGAGAGAACAAAAAAUAUGCCUAGGAGAAAGCUUGAAGUUAACUCUUAUCAUGUCCUUGAACUACAAGCAAAGCCCACUUUGCCUGAGACUUCAGCCUUGGGUUAAUUAGUAGAACUUCAAGCCAAGAAAAGAAAAAAAAAAAAAAAAGAG